GGUAGAGGCUCCAAACAAUCCUGUAGAAGCACAGAGGCAGAUGACAGCCUUUCGUCACCGCUGUAGAUUUCGGAGAGUGCUGUAUAGCUCUCCUCUUAUCCUGGUGUUUGCCACUUUAAACAGUCACUUUCCCACUUGGAGCUUACUUGUGCCUUUGCUGACAAAACAGGAAGUGAUUUGAAUACAGUCUGUUUUUAUGACUUUUGAACAUCAGGAGUUUGGAAACAAGUUUUAACAGUAAAACCAAAUAUGGCAUCUUCCAUGAGGAGCUUGUUUUCUGACCACGGGAGAUAUGUUGAAUCUUUUCGGAGGUUUCUCAACCAUUCCACGGAACACCAGUGCAUGCUGGAAUUCAUGGACAAGACGCUGCCAGGCAUAAUAGCAAGGAUCGGAGACACAAAAUCAGAAAUUAAGGUUCUAAGCAUAGGCGGAGGUGCAGGUAUGAAUAAUAUGUUUUUAAAGUUUGUAUUUCACUUCAAACGUCAUGCUGUGUGAUGGCAAUAGUGUUCAUUUUUUUAGGAAAGCUUUUUUUUUUUUUUGCUUUUGGAAGAGAUCAGCUUAUUAAAACUAGAAAUAUUACUUCAGCUAAGAUUAAUGCCCUCAUAGAUUUAGAAGGUUUAGGACAUUCACCUUCAUUACUAUCUCUAUUGUGAAUAAAGGAUGUGACUUAUUCUUUUGAUAAAUGAAAAAUCAAAUAGGAUAACUUUAAGGAUAACUCUUACUCAAAAUGAUUUAAAUAUUCACAGAAAAGGAAAAUCCCAUAAGAAGUUCCUUAAGCUUGUGUCACUUUAAAGCCUUGUUCAUGGAUUGAUUACUGGUUUCAAAUUGUUUUUGAUCCAUGUGAAAUUAGAAAUGUGCACUGGAAUAUAAACUGAUGCCCAGCUUUUUUCAUUGAGAAAUUCUCACCAUGGGGGAAAAAUAUGCUCAAUGACAUAGUUAAUUUACAUUCCUGUGUCCCCAUUCUUUGAGUGGCACGGGCCUAAACUGUUCCCUUCAUCUUACUCAGUUCCAAAACAGGCUGAGAAUUACCUCUAGCAUUCAGAACACUCCUAAGCACCCUUUUAUAGGGUGCUUAGUUAUCUUUGUCUUAAUACGAAUCACAAUUGAACUCAUUGAUGGGGCACUAGAAUACUUAAGAGAUUCAAGGGAUUACCACUUAGCAUUAAGUUAUAAGUGACAAAGUGUCCACUUGAUACCAAGUUAUAGCCAUUACUGAACUAUCACUCAGACAAAAGAAAAGAGACUAAUAAAACACCCUUUUAUGAUCUCAUUACUUUUAGGUCCAGCACUUUUAUUCUAGGGGAAAAUUAAAAGUCUGGAAAAGUAGAUGGACACAGGUAACUCUGCCUCCAAUGAACUGUAUCAUCUUGGCUGAAGCAUCAGUAAAAUGGAAACAAUGAAUUUUAUCUCAUAAGGUUGUAGUGAGAGUGAUGUAGGUAACAUUUACAAAGUGCCUAGGACAUUCUUAUUACUCCUGGAGGGUGAAGGCUAUUCCCUUCUGCAAAAGUGAAAUAGAAAGUUUCAUAUCAAGACUUUUCCUCAUAUCAACUCCUGAACAGUGUUUGCUUUAAGUUGCUAGUCAUUUGGAAGUUUGGGUUAAUGCAUUAAUAUAC